AUGGCCGAAGCAGUUGGAGCGGCCUCUGCUAUCACGACUUUUGUGACCUUGGCCCUUCAGGCAGCCAUAUUACUCGACCAGACCAUCAAAAGUUUUCAAAGCCGGGACAAGAUCAUUCGCGAACUCCGAAAUGAAUUACAGGAGCUCCAGGGCGUCUUACAGGCCCUGGACGAGUUAAUUCGCAAGUUUGACGUCGACCUUCAAGUCCUGCAGUUGCCUCUUAAAAGGUGUGGCAAUGCUUGUUCCGAAUUUAAUAAGCUGAUUGCCGGAUAUACGCGACAUUCGACUGAGGAACGAGUUAGCAAAAGAGAUUGGUUUAAGAUACGAUACAUGGGAGAAGAUAUCUCUGGGUUCAAGGACAUGUUGGCCGGAUAUAAAUCAACCGUUACGAUUGCCCUGGCAUAUGCAAACCUCCGUACUAUAAAGAUCACAGAGGGUGUGCUUAAGGAGUAUAAAGAACUCAUUCAAAACACACAGUGUGACCUGGAAAAUCAUCUCGAUGAUAUUCGAACAAGGCUGGAGUCCUCGUCUCUCAAGGGCUCGCCGACCACAGAGAUUCAUGCAGCAGAUCUCCAAAGGAUGGAGGAUGAAAAACAAUGCACUCAAAAAGGCCUUGACAUCUGUCAACGAUUCCUCGAUUUCAUGAAUCAGUCUCGGAGUAGCCUGCUAGGAGACUUCGAACACACUACCAGAGAGCUCCACCGGCCAUACACCAUCCCGCCUAGCCAAUCUAGCUUAAUCAAUGCAGAAGGGUUCAAUUCCGCCCACAAAGAGCUUAUGUCCUGGAAAAUAAGUCUGUACCAAUAUCUUUCGGAGGUCGAUAAACAAUUCCCCGCACAAAAGGUCGAUUUUGCACCGCUGCAGAGGGACCAAACUUCUGACAGCCGAACUUUCCAGGACGAGGUCAGAGGCACCGAAGCGUUAUUGACGUUCUGCAAGCAGGCAGAGAAGGCGGCCAACAAACAGCGGAUAAACUACUAUGAGGACAUCGCUGUAGGAGACAAUACUCGAUUGGCAGUGGUGACUACUUUCAAAGACCUUAUCUCUGCGAAGCAUAUUAAGUCAGGCAAUGGUUCAUGUAUAGCGCUUGGCCAAAUGUCGGAUGAUUCCAUACAGAAUGUCUUUUCAUGCCGUGCACCAUCAAAUGCCGAGAAAAUUGAAUAA